UUAUUUUGAAGUAGUGCAAUUGAUUCAUCUGUUCAACGGUAUGUGCUCAGGUGAUUGUUGGAUACUUUUAACAUUCACAUGUAAAAGAAAGUGUCCCUAGGUUGCAACCACAAGGUCCCCUUUCCCUGUGCAAAGACUCUUUCCACUGGAGUCUUUGGAGAACCUUCGGAUUCGAAGCAAGAUGCAGACCAAGCAAGUAGUAGGUCCUCUGCGUACAGAAGGCAGAGAAAUGCUGCUGGGUGACAAAGAGAACGUGGACCUGCUCAUUCAGAGCUCUGGCCCACCUUACCUUCUCCCUGCUGCACCUGUUGGCUACUUGUGUAUAGUCUUCUUGAUUUCCCAUUUAUUAUACAUGCCCUUCUUACAUCUCAGCUCACCUGUAAACUCCUUAUGCAGCCACCCCAAUUUCUUUAGAAGCCUCUCACUUUUCUUUCUUGUUGGGAUGGUCUGCAUUUGUGCCUUCAGUAUUUCACAUUUAAGAAUCUCUCAUCCACCUCGGACUCCCUUCUCUUUGAGCAUUUCUGACUAUGGGAUUUCCCCUUAAGCUUUUUGGAACUGGCCUUCUAAAAGUCCAGAGUGCUCUGGGAAGGCAUCCUCCAGGUCUUCAGUCUGGUAGAUUAGUCUGAGACACAGUGACCAGGCCGAGGUUGAAAAAUGCAUGCUGGAAAGACUUUGUGUGUAUGUAUGUGUCUUAUUUAUUUAAAUCCAGAUAAUGUUUACAAAGUACCCCUAACCAGCAAAAUGCUGUCACUAAAUUCGGCCUAAUACAAUCUCAUACUUUAUACAGCUUGCCUUUUAGGAGAAAAAGAAAUCAAAUAAAACUACCAACAUGUUACAUAGGUUUACGUUCUAAUUUCAGAUCAUCAUGUAAUAAAAAAUAUUUCCAACUCAAUAUCCCAUUUUGCUCAUAGUGUUUAUUACAAAUAAUAAUUGGAUGUAAAACCUAUAUGAUUAGAAAUGUUAUUUAUACUGUGAAGUAACACUACUGAGUUAAUUGGGAUUUACUCCCACGUAAGUGGAUAGAGGGUGUCUUUUUUUCUUGUGUUGCGUUUUGGAGUUUAAGCUCCACAGAUCAGGGAUCUGUCAUGUUGUGCAACUAUAUGCAUAGCUUCUUAGAAGUAGUUGUCAUUGAAUUGAGUGAGACUUCCUUCCAUAUAAGCGAGUAUAGGAUUUGAAGCUCGUAGAUUCCAGUGAGAAAUAUUGGCAUGCACUUAAUUCCACGGAAACCAAUGAGACUUUGAGAGAGGUGUGGCUAACCUGCGGCUCUCCAAAUGUUGCUGAGCAAAAGCUUCCGUAAUUGAGCAUACUGGCUGGAGUUCAUGGGAGUCAAGGCUCAGCCAUGCCCUUAGCCAUGGUUCUACAACCUCCUUGGCUGUACCUCCUUACCAGGUCCAGGAGCUACGAGCCAUCAUUGAUGGUUAACACCGUCCCAUUGCGUGGUGUCAUGCAGCGAAAAUGGCAACCUGAGAACUGUGUGAGUUCCACAGCACAGACAAACUGCUUCCCAUUAUGCUUGUUUUUAAGCUGCAAGAAAUCCAAAAGCAUAUAGUUACUAUCAAUUUAAUUGGGAAGUGGAGCGGGCAAAUGCCACAGUAUCCAGUUCCAACUUCUUACAGUUGUUACUUGCAUUAUAGGAAUAUCAUUGCCUGCCCCCCCUGCCUUGCAUUCCAGUCUCACGAACAGCUAUAGAGUAUUUGACGUUAAAAAAAUGAUUUUCUUGUUUUGCACUUGUAUAGUCAAAAGCGUAACGAUAAUCCUAUUAAAGAUCUUGUGUCAUGGAGGAGGGGGGUCGGCUCAGCGUGUGCAGGGCUGGAAGCUUGCUGCCAUUGGCUGGAUGUGAAACAGAAUAGGAGGGGCUUUGGGCCGGGGCAGGAUUUAUUACUUGUUAUAGUUAGAGCAGGGAUUUCUUCUGUGGGAAAUGCCCAGUGGUUGCGGCUGCUGAUGAUCUCACAUCGACAGCAGUGCAGUGCUGAGUGAGAAAGGGUGACCCAGGAAUUGAGGACUGAGAAAAAUACAGCAAGCAGAUGAAGAGAGGGAGCAGAGGAGGGGAAGCGUUUGCCAGAGCAGCAGGCAGAGCAUUGAAGGGAAGGGAAGGCAGGAGCUGAAAGAGAGAGGACGGCUCAUGCCGAAUGCCUACCAGAUGCACUGAAACCACCAACCAGCCUUUGGAAAUUGAUACAAGGACUGCUUGCUGCCUAUAGAGCAAGGGUUGUGGACUGACUCUGUGUGUGUGUGUGUGUGAGUGUGUGUGUGUGUGUGUGUGUGUGUGUGUGUGUGUGGCAGGGGGAGAGAAAGAGAGAACUUCACAGUACUCUUGAUGAAAAUGUUAAGUUGUGCAUAACAGAUUUGGCAAGACAGGCUGAGAAAUGCUGCUGCAAGAGACUCUGGCGUGCAAAUCCUAGCCAUUGAUGCAUACAGGACGGCCUGCUCUGGCAUAAGGGUGGGGAAUAAAGGAACGGAGGCAAUGCAGAGAAUAUUGGAAUAAAGGUCUGCAUUGGGUCGUUGGAUUUAAUAAGGAGGAGGUGGCGCUGAAAGAAGUCAGCCUCACACGAAUGGUGGACUUGACACGAGGUGCUGUGCUGAAUUCUGAGAGAUGCUAGACAUUAAAUCUGACAACUGUGCAAAGAGAGACCAUGGAGAAAUCAAGUAGUGAGGAUUCCUCAAUUCACCGGAGUCCAUCUUUGGAUAGCAAGGAUUCAGACUUUGCUAAACCUUCUACCUCAGGCAGGCAGUUUGGCCGAGGCUUCACUGCCGGAGCUUUCUAUGGCACCACAGGAUCGGACAAACAGAGCCAUACCGCAGCUGCAGCUGGAACUGGUGUCAAAAGUGACAAAUACAAUGCACCCAAAGGCAGCAAAUAUGUGGUUUUUUAUCUGGAUCUAUCAUUUGUUUUCCUUUUAGAAUUUAAGAAGUGCAGCAUGGCGAGGGGCUGCUUGUGUUGUUUGAAAUACAUGAUGUUCCUUUUCAAUUUAAUAUUUUGGUUAUGUGGCUGCGGUCUCUUGGGUGUGGGAAUAUGGCUGUCAGUGUCACAAGGAAACUUUGCCACCUUUUCUCCCAGCUUCCCUUCACUGUCGGCAGCAAACCUGGUCAUUGCCAUUGGUACUAUCAUCAUGGUGACCGGCUUCCUAGGCUGUUUGGGUGCUAUCAAGGAAAACAAGUGCCUCCUCCUAAGCUUUUUUAUUGUUUUGCUGAUCAUUCUCCUGGCUGAGCUGAUACUACUCAUUUUGUUCUUCGUUUAUAUGGACAAGGUUAAUGAAAAUGCGAAGCAGGAUUUGAAAGAAGGGCUCAAGCUGUACAACACAGACAAUAAUGUGGGGCUAAAGAAUGCUUGGAAUAUCAUUCAGGCAGAGAUGCAUUGCUGUGGGGUUACUGAUUACAAAGACUGGUACCUUGUACUGGGUGAAAACACUGUCCCUGACAGAUGUUGCAUAGAGAAUUCUGAAGACUGUGGCCGGAAUUCCACUAAUAUGAAUUUAGUGUGGAAAACGGGCUGCUAUGAAAAAGUCAAGAUGUGGUUUGAUGAUAAUAAGCAUAUACUCGGGACAGUUGGGAUGUGUAUCCUCAUAAUGCAGAUACUUGGCAUGGCUUUUUCCAUGACUCUCUUCCAGCAGAUUCACAGGACUGGUAAAAAAUACGAUGCCUAAGGAACACUACAUUGUUAACUGCAUCAGCACUUCUCUCUUGGCACUGCGGGUGCAGGAGGAAGAGAAAACAACUCUGACAAAGAAAAUCAAGCUAUAUCUGCUUGGGACCUCCCUCCUACCAUCCAUCACAUGUCUAAGCACAAUGUAUUACUGGACUUCCUUUUUGUUUCUGUUCAUUUACCAUUUUUGCCAAAGAAGAAAGGAAAUUUACUGAGAGCAAAUCAGCUUACUGCACUACUUUCUGCACUCUCGAACAUUAUUUAAGGAACAACCUUUACACUGCUCUCUGUAUUAGACCAUUGAGGAUAACCCGACUGGUGUGUGUUUAACUUCUAGGGAAAAAAAAUCGUUUCGAUCUCAUGGGUCACAAGCAGCUUUUGCCGAACAUAAUACUGGGAGACUUGAAAAAGCCAUGCAAAUGGAGAUCCUGUGAAUUUGAGCUGCUUGGGGUGUAGGGUUUUUUGUUUUUGAAGGGGAAUAUCUUAUUAUUAUCUUACUGUGUAUACUAGAAUUUAGUACCCUGGUUUAUACAUUUUUACCGUUUCUCUCCUUUUUUUAUGCUUUUUUCCCCAGAGUUCUACUGUGCAGUCUUUGAUGGAUGCCAUUUUUAGUGUUUGCAAUUUAUAACCAGAAAGAAAGGUUGCAGCUGGAGCUAAAUGACUCACAGUCAUUGUGUUACUCUCAGCUCAGCCCUGAUGUCAUGAUGGGGCCUGGGUCACUUUUUAAGAUACAUGCCUAAGAUUUUUUAAAACGUACAUCUAAUGUGAGAAUGAAGCAAAGCACGUUUGUGAGAGAGUGGCUGUGAUCCCUUUCAGGCCAAUACUUUUGAUAAUUCUGUUAGUAUGCAUUUAAAAAUACCACACCAGGGGUUUCAUCUGUGAGACAGAAAGGAAAUAUGACCUAUGGUUCUCCAUAACAAGAAACAUCGGACCUUAAAAGAGCAACUCCCAAACUUUGUGUGAAGGUAACUGCUACUAUACCACAAUAUGUAAAGAUUCCUAUGAGUUCCAGUUACCCAACCAGAGGAAGCCCACUAUACUUCUGAAUGAUUCCGUGGUUUUGCUUUUCCUCCUUUCAUUCAGACACCAUAUGGGCCACAGUUGCUGCAGGGCAUGUGGCUGGAUUAUUUGCUCACUCACUCCCAGCCACAGAGACACAGCAGAAUUACCUGCUGCUUAAGAGAGAUGCUGAAGGUGCUUCUCUGAAGGGAGUGAAUUCUAACAUAUUCAGGCUUUUGUGGUUUAAGAAUGAACUUUUUCCAGAAAAAUUGUGCUUCCGCUAUCAGAGUUUGGGGAAUUGUGUACAUUUUUAAUGCAGAUUGUCAGCCCUCUCCAUCCUUCUAAGCCCUGGAGUCCUGUGAGUUGACAGGUAAGCGCUGAGGUCCAGCCUAGGUUAUUUUUUGACAAAACCUUCAGCAAGGCCUGAAAAAUCUUCAGCAUAAAAACCGAACCUAUGCGUUGUUCCGAAUCCUAAUGCACCUUGUGAGUGUAGUAGUAAAUUUGACAAGCUCAUCAUUACAUUCCCAGGCAGAAUUCAAAAAAGCAAACAGUGUUUUGGUCCAUUUUACCCAAUUUAUAUGUUUCCAGACAGUGAGCUGCAUUGCAUCGGUUCAACUGGUAAAAUAUAUUGAGCUUUAACAGUCAGCUGAUAUGCAACCUUUUAAUUGGAAAUGUAGGCAUCUUGCAAAUCAGUAUUAACCAUUUGAACUGCUGUUGUGAAGUAGAAACUGAUCAAAAGAAAUGAAAGAAAUAUCUAAGCUCUACUUUACUAUUUUUCUCAUUCUCCAAUUCCUUCAAUGCAGAACUGUCAUAAACGAACUUGAAAUCCUCAUGCCCAUCACACAGAUGACAUCUUUGGCAAGUCCUGGAGAAGCUCCCCCCCUACACUCUCCUCCGCCCCCCCCCCCUUCUAAAAGAGUGGUGAAUUGUGGAAAAUUAAAAUUUACAUUACCCCUGCUAUUUAAAAGCCCUCUUACGUUUUUCCUAUUAAUAACAGUUCCUCCCAUAGUUCUGACACAUUCACACAGGGGUUUUUGCUUCACAUCUUACAACUUAGAAAUGGACCUCCAUGUUAAAAAAUAAUCUGUGGGAUGGCCCUUUACAAAAUGCCUGCCUUAUCAAGCUAAUCAAGUGAUAAAGAUUUUCCAGGACUGUGCCAUUUAGGCUGCAGAUGGGGAGGAGAUGGCAUGCUCAAAUACUCCCCUCUUCUAAAAGAACCAAAACCAAUCAUUCAUGCACAUAUAAAAUAGAAUAUCAGAAAUGAAGCCUUUGUCUUGGUACACAAUUCCCUACCUGCGGCCCAGAGUCAGGGAAAUUAUUUGCCACUUAAUUAUAUAAGUGGGUCCUAAAGUGAUCUGCAUGAGAAUCACUAGUGCACAAAUUUAAAGUCCCAAGCUGGGCUGUUCAUUCUAAUUCCAUGAGUUUUGUAAAGCUUGAAAUAAGGAUGGCACCAUCUUGCCCUUCAAGGAUCAUAAUUGUUAGUUUUUCUGGGAAACAGUUUCAUAAUAUUUGCAAUUAUUCCAAACUUUGAAUGUCAACAAAAGAGAUGAAGGGGAUGAGAAGCAAGUAAAGUGUGUGGCAGAUCCAAAUAGAAAUGACUGGAAGAGGAUGAAUUUGGUGUUUUGCUCAAUAUUUUUUACCAGGGUUAGCUUUUGUUCAUUUCAAAUGUGUCUGGAUCUUUGCACACAAGACUGCUGCUCUGCCUUUCAUUUUCAACGAUUGUUCAGAAUUGCAUCUCACACUGCACACUUUUUUGUCAACAUUCCUGCAUGUCCUUAAACAUACACUUCUGUCUGUUGCUGUUUCUUGCGAUAAUGCCCUCUCUUUGAGCUCAGUUUCACAAGGGGAUUUCUGUUUAUUUUGCUGCUCCAUAUAAAGAAGAUGUGAAUGGAAAUGAAAGCGGAACCAUUUUGGUCGACUUGCUUAUAGUGUUGCUUCAGUUAGGUGUUGUCCGUUCAACUGUGCUUAUUGGCCCCAAAGUAGCUGUGUAGCUUUCCCUUAUUUCUGACAUUUGCCAGAACUGACAACAUUCUCUUAUACUCACCCAGUCCAGAAGUGGAUUGGACUAACCAUCAGAGGGUACAGCUAUAGGGUACAAGGACACUCACCAUAAAAGCAAUCACCACUCAUAUCAGGGGGUAUGUAUGGAGUAUGGCAUAUGUAUGGAGUAUAGCAUACUUGCUCCCUUUCUGGCUUGGUUACUGAAAUCCAGGUUGGGGAACCUCCAGGCCAGUCUUGGCCCAACAAUGCUAUUUCCUCCAAAGCGCACACUCCUGUCAAUCACCUGGCAUCACUUGUGAUGUCAACUGAUGGGCAGGAGGGCAGGGUUCAAGUCUGGCAGGACAUAAUGGAGCAGGAUGUAACCCUCCCUCAUCAGCUGAUGAGUGGGGGUUAAAUUAUGCUCCGUUUGGUUACAGGUACCUUCCAAAGGAAGGAAGAAAUAAAGGCCUUCUGGUGAGCACCAACCAUAGGGCUGGCAAAGUGCUAAUUUCUGCUCUCCGUGUGGGGGGAUAUAACAGAAUGAAGCCUACAUUUAAAAGAACCUGCGGGGAAUAGGUGUGCACAGCAAAACUGAGCAACAUUAAAAACCCCAUCCAGUGCUCCUUGUGCACAGCCAAGGAAAAGCUCUUAAGUGCAGGCUUUGAGAAACUUGUAUGAUCCACACAUUCCAAAACACUGUCGGGUGCUUGGGAACACCAUGCAAGGGAUUUUGACAAGCAAGUGAGACAACCUGCCUGUCAAUCAUGAAAUGUCAUGUUAACAUCAUGUGAUUGAAAGGUUGGCUUCCCCAAUCUGUCGAAUUUUCCUUGAGCAGCCAAGCCUGAUAAUGAGCUGACCCAUGGAAUCAAAAAGGUCCCCACUCUUGAAAUUCUAAAAGUUUGGCACAGACUUACACAGUGAGUGCUUUUGGCACCUGUGCUGUCCACACUUGCUGCUCCCCCCCUCCUUUUUUGCUUUCUCAUUUCUGCUGUCUCUGCCCCUGUAUUGAGGCUCCUAACGUGUACAGUUGUGCUUUGUGUACAGCAGCCUCAGAAUGGUAGGCAUUUAUAGUGCAUUUACAUACUGUAAGGACUUACUGGAUCUCAGAUAAAGGUGUAAGUGCUUGCAGUAAUGCCCUGCUGAUUAUCUCCUACUAGCCAUUUUGGGAAAUAUUUUUUCAUUCGUACUUUUUAAGAUCUGAGAUAUUCAGAUGAGGUUGCAAGAAGAUGGCUUAAUUUUAAAUUGGGGAAAAUGGGACCAUGUGUAUUGAGAGUUAUGGUAUGUCUGAUUUGUUACGAAUGGACAGGUGCCCAAAGUUGUGUGUGUGUGUGUGUGUGUGUGUGUGUGUGUGUGAAUGAAUGAAUGCUUUUAAAAAUUGUUUCCAUUAUUAAAUAUUACGCCACAUCUCUACCUCUUUCUCAUUUUUACCAUAGAUUUUCCCUCAUCCAGUUAAGUUUAACUACAGUAUUCCCAUUCUCUCCCAAAUCACAAAUUCUUAUGUCAAUUAAACAGGCAUUAGAAUAAUAAUAAUAAAAACAAGAGGUGAAAAAUCCAGCUUGUAUCUCUGCAGCCCCAAUGAGUACAUCACUCCCCCAUGCAAUUUGCUGAGGCUUGACUUCACAUAUAUAUAUCAGUAUGUCACUUACCAGUGGCUCAAUUACAUGUUGCCAUUGGCUGGGGGGGACGACUAAAUUGGCACUUGUAUACAGGACAAAUGCUUCAAGUCUAAGACAAAUGCUUCGUAGUGUAAGAUUAAACCGAUGUCAUCUUACAACUCUCUUCCCGUAUCCAAGAUAGAACUAGAUCUGCCAAGGAACAUGAAGCUUCUGCUAAAAAGGGCAAGCCCCCCCCCUCUUUCUCAUUCACAACAUAAGUCAUGGAGAUGUAGAGCACAACUGUGCUUGCUGUUCCAUCACACUCCAUGUAUGAUACAAAGGUCUGAAGUGGGGAGUCUGCUCUCCACACCUCUGCCCUCCAUGUGAUUUAGAUAGCUGCACAAUGAGGGUCUCUGAGAAGGGGCCAUGGAGGGAGGUACCACUCUUCCCUCCCGACAUAAUUCUAAUCAUUUUCCUUCUCCCAUUUCGAACCACUGGCACUGCCUGUAUGGGGUGGAAUGUGCAAUGUGAUCACAGUGUGAUAUGUUUCAUUACUAAACUGUACAUGGCUCACUUGUUCUAUGAUGGAAGUAAGGGGAUAUAAAUGUAAGAAAAUAAGUAAAGAGAUGUUGCUGGGGCAGAAGGGAGAACUUAGUUUUACUGGGUUGGGCAGAAAGUUCCAUGUUCUUCAUUCAAGCUAAUUCUGUCUUCAUGUGCUUUAAGUUCAUCUUCAUUUAUCCCCUAAUAUGGCAUUCAUGCUCGUGAAGUUGUGAACACCUUUCUCUAGAAUGUUAGAGGAAUUAAUUGACACAACUGUUAUCCUUGAACCACCUCUUGCUACCGAUACCUCUUCAUCACAGAAAAGCAAGCAGCAAUAUGAAUUGAAAAUCCUUUCAAAGUUGCACAGUGGUAUCUGUUGAAUGUUAACCUCUGGUUAUUGUUCCCCACCCCCAGGGUUUCCAUUUUUUAAACAGACAAAAACGUUAACUAUAUGGCAGAAAAAGCCUAAUUCACUGAUAACCAACAGCAGUUCCACAUGUUGUGCAUUGGUACACUUAGGUUUCUUCCAGCAAAUAUGUAAACGUGUUAACAAGUAUCUAUACUUAAACACCUGUCUCUGUAUAUCUAAAUUGUGAAGCACCUCUGUACCCUGUUCCUAAUGGAUAAUCAGAUUAUCUGAUUGCAAUCCCUGGAUUAUGUCUUGGUCUCUGACAGUGCACUAGGACACCCUGCUAAUUUUCACCGAGGUGGCUAAAGCUGUAUCAGAGCUGUUCCAUUUCAGGCAGCAUAUGGUUUACACCAUAUAUAGAAAUUAGGUGCCAGGGAAAGGGGUUCUAGACCAGCCGCCUCCCUGACAUGCUAAUGUUUUCCAUGCAGGAAAAAACUGCACGGAGGAGCAUUUGCCCAGGAAUGCACAGUGGUAUAGCCCAGAUACUGCCUUACCUCCUCACUAACAAGAAGGCCUAGGAUCAGGUAGCCGGCCAUUUUGCCUUCUUUUAAACCUUAUUUUUGUAGAGCGCUCACUUACAUUUUAUGAAUGCGUAGCAAGCACAUAGAUAUUUCCUGUAGUCUUUUAAGCAUUAUCCAGACCAUGCUGCCGAGAAUGAAACAAACCAUGGAUAGCCCUAGAUAGCACUAUGGUUCAAGGCUGGUGUUGGGCAUUCUGGAGCCUUGGGCUCACCAGAGUCCCCUGUGCUCAUGCCCCGGGGGAGGAACAAGAUGACUCAGUUGGCAUGUGGGAGGUGUAUGUGAGUCCCCCAUUGCAGGUAAUGUAUUUCUGGGACAAAAGGAAAACAGCUCCACUUAGCAUGGGAGUGGAUGGAACUGUACCCCACAUAGGGCAGGGCAGAUUGCUGCAUAGACAACACAAAAGCAAUACUGUUCAUAAGUCAAGAAAACUACUUAUUUUGAGGAAAAUCAUUGGAUUAUACUCUUAAUGAAUACUAAUUGCCCUGUAACUGUUUGGCAAAAGGGAUGCUGGCUGACUUUAUUUUAAAACUACGUUUUUGGUGGGUGGGUGUGCAUCUGGGGGGUGGGUAUGCAUUUCCUCAAAAAGAAAACAAAUGUUGCUUUGAUUAUUUAAUGACACACUUUUAGCAUGUUUUAAAUAAAAUUUCAUAUUGAGCAAAAACA